AACUCGACCACAGCAGGAUCCUCGCGAACGGAAUCUACUCCAUCUCUGUCUGCUUCUCUCUGAAAACCGCCUCUAUGGCAGCUAGGAGAAACUCGGACAAGCUAUAGCCAUGCCCAGCUGCGAUGAUGCAGAAGUCUACUGGCCCUCGCUCUACAACCCCAGCAUCGAGCUGUCGGACGUGCAAUAUCACAGUGCCACACAGCCCGGCGGAGCCUACAUCUGUCACCCUGGAACUGUAUUCCGCUUUAUACUCUACUGGACCCUCAUCUUCUCCGUACCAUUCUACGUCCUCAGUGGCAUCUACGCCUUCUUCAACUUUGCCUUUCCCCCACGAUGCCCCACCAUCUCGGAUUCUGAUGCCUACGCGCUCCUCCCAUCCCGCCGUUCUUCUAUGAACCCGCUCAGCCGCCCCGGUAGCCCUGUCCCGGGUACACCAGGCGCGCCCGGUUUUGGCACGAACGCGGACCGCGACCUGUGGAGGAGGCCACCGCGCACGAACGUGCGGCGGUCGAGGAUCACGUUCGCGGUGCUAGUCCUUCUCAUGUUCUCGUUCCUCAGUCUCGCGAUUUCGGUGCUGGGCGCGGCGGUGGUUGGGUUCUUGCUGUUUGCGGUGUAUCAGGCGGGCGGGUUUUACAUGUCUACGUGGGUACCGUUCGUGUGGGCAGUUAUCCAAGGACUGGUUGCGUUGCUGGGCAUAUGGCCUUCUGUCAUCGACAUUAUGUGACGUCUAGACUGCGUCCUAUCCAAUCUGGUUUUGUUUCCUCACAUAUCUAGUGGAGCCUUCUAUACCCCGUACUCAUAAUUAUCUUCUGAGCAAUUCAGUUCUUGCAUAACACCUUCCCAGACCCGCUUCCACGCCCGUACAUUAUACAUUACGAAGAGCGCAGCCCAGUAAUCCACUCAAGCCCAUUGGACGGAUGCAGGUUCAUUCUCCACGUGCGCGUCUGUCAAAAAUGCGCAUCUCCACGGCUACCUGCGUCUUGCCCAGGGCUAACGUAAGACAAGCGAGAAAUCCCUACCACGCCUCGCCAGACUGCUGGUCCUGGUACCCUCGAUGUUUACGCAAGUUGAGGUACCGCUCGCUUGGGUUUACACCUAACGCCAAAAACUCUGAUCAUCGAAGACGGGACUUGCGUCCUCGAUUAUCAGUUAUCUA